GUUGAAGAAAUACCUCCUUUCUCCUGGUUUGUUUUACCUUUGCUCUAAAAAAAAUCAUAUUAUAAUUUUGUUUGUCAACAAAUGUGGGCCAAAUGAGGUGAAACCUUUUGUGAGGGAGUUAAGGAAAGACAAGCCAAGUUUGAACAUCUCUGGACUAUAUCAAAAGUUUCCUUGUAGAGGUGGACACCAGUCAAAAGUUUGGACACACCUUCUGAAAUGGUUUUUCCUUUUUUGCAUUAGUUUCAACAUUGUACAUUAAUACUGAAGACAUUCAAACUAUGAAAGAACACACAUUGAUUGAUGUAAUUUGAGAAGGAGAGUGAUAAAGUGCUGCAUCAGAGGACCUGGCCUCCACAAUCAUGCGAUCUAAAUCCAGUUAAGAUGGUUUGGGAAUAAGUUGGACCAGAGAGUGAAGGAAAAGCAGCCAACAAGCACUCAACACAUCUGGACACUUCUUAAGAUUGCUGGAAAACCAUUCCAGAUGACUACCUCAAGAGGCUGAUUGAGAAAAUGCCAAGAGUGUGCAAAAUGUCAUCAAAGCAAAAGAUGGCAUUCAAGCCCAGGAUUGUGUUCUCUUUGUGGCUUUUGCUGAUGUGUGUGCUGUCAUGUGCCGGACAAGAGCCAGUAGAUCUGAGUGCUUUCCAGCCACAGAGCGCUCUCACCGACAUGGAGUUUGUUAGCGUGAGUGCCUACCGCGGCCCGGGCAACACAGAUACCCGCAGCAACAAGGAGCUUCCAAUCCUGCUGUGGUGGAGUGCCAACCUGUUUCCACAUUUUCCAGGGGAUACAGAGCGUGUGGACUGCGCUCACUCUUCCUGCCUGGUGACACAAAAUCGCAAGGUCCAGUUACAGCGGCGCACAGCCUCCAUCAUCUUUUACGGCACGGAUUUUCGCGCAUAUGAGGCGCCUCUGCCUCGCCUGCCACACCAGACCUGGGCGCUCUUCCACGAGGAGUCACCAAUGAACAACUACUUGCUGUCACAUGGGUCUGGAAUCCGCCUCUUUAAUUACACAGCUACCUUCCGCAGGGAGUCUGACUAUCCGCUCACACUGCAGUGGCUGCCGUCACUCGACUACCUGCUGCAGUCUCCCUCCGUCUCUCUUGAGGAGAAGAACCGCUGGAGAACUGCUGGACUGGCUCCAGUGUUGUACAUGCAGUCACACUGCGAUGUGCCCUCAGACCGUGACCGCUAUGUCCAGGAGCUUAUGAAGUACUUACAGGUGGACUCAUAUGGAAAGUGUCUCAACAACAAACCCCUGCCAGAGUAUCUAGAGGACACCAGCACAGCCACAGGCGAGGACCGGCGCUUCAUGAGUUUCGUGGCUCGCUAUAAGUUCCACCUCGCUCUAGAGAACGGACUGUGCCCUGAUUACAUGACUGAGAAACUGUGGCGGCCCAUCCACCAGGGAUGCGUGCCCAUCUAUAGAGGCUCAUCCUCUGUUGCUGACUGGCUCCCGAACGAUCAUUCCGCCAUUUUGAUAGAUGAUUUCGCCUCUCCUCAAGAGCUAGCAAAGUUAAUUAUGGAUUUGGAUAAAGAUGACUCAAAGUAUUUACACUACUUGGAGUACAAGAGUCCUGAUAAGAUAACAAACCUCCGCCUCUUGGAAGGUCUUCAGAACAGAGAGUGGGGCAUUAAUGACAUGAGCAAGCCCAACUACCUAAAUGGCUUCGAAUGCUUUGUGUGUGACCGGGAGAACGAGAGACUGGCGGCAGCCAAGAAGCACAGACGAGAACCUGAAAAGUAUCCAGCACCUUUGCCAAAGAUGGCCAACAACACACACAUGGGAUGUCCGCUUCCUAGCCCUGGGUAUGGAGCCGUAGAGGAGAUUGACCUCAAUGAUGGUUGGCUUCAGAUGUGGCCGCAAGACUACUGGCAGAGUCUGGACCAGGCAGAGGGACUUGUGUCACUGAUUCAUCACAAUGAGUCUGACCCCGGACUGCUUUGGCAACAUAUUCCCAGAAUGGCGGUGAGCAGGAACGGCCAAUAAGGUGACUGCACCUCUAGGAAAAAAGCCUUACCUCAUAACCUUUUUUUUUUUUUUUGUUCCUAAUAAAGGACCACUUUUACUUUACCAAACACACUCGUACCAAAGACAAAAUACACACUAAAGAAAAUCAGACCAUGGGUCAUUUUUUUAUUCAUUUAGCUAGGUGCCAAAAAAAAAGGUAUAUUAUAAUUGUACUGUUUUAGUCAUCAAAAUUAUUCCAUCUAUACAGUUUGCAUGCAGGUGCGUAGUUUCUGUUUUGCAGUGUUAUAAAAGGGAUGGUUAAGUCAUAUUUGGAAACCCGUUCGAACAUGAUCUGCAUAUGAACAGGAUCAUUCUGUUUAUCGGUGCAGAUGUUUUGAACAAGCUGUUACGUGUUUUAUGAAUAAUUUAUAUGUUGUUGUUGUUGUGUUUUUUUCACGAUGCUGAACUUGACAUUUAAAAUUCAGCUGCUGUUGUACUUGUCAAAUAGAAAACCGUUUCGUGUCUUCCAGGCAUUUUUCAACUUUUAAAUGUGCACAUAUGUCAACAUUUUUAUACCAGUAUUCUAUAUAAUAUAUUUAUUUUUUACCUUUUGUAAAGACCAACAAAUAAAAACACUUCUAUAUUCUGUAA